GCAAAGAAUUGCAAGUACUCCAAGGACAUACAAGGAUAGUGCAGUGUUUGGCUCUGUCACACAGUGGAACAGCAUUUGCAUCCGGGUCAGAAGACGGUACAACAAGACUCUGGAAUGUAGAGAGUUUUGAACAGCUUCUUGUUUUACCAGGAGAACGUGGUAAUGUAGUGAUUGCAUUGGAUUUCAGUACAGACGAUCAGCGACUGUUUACUGGAUCGGCUGAUGGUAAGCAUCUAAAGCCCCGAUCAAACGAGGAUGAGAGUUGAUACGAGUUGGCAAGUGAGAGUGUGCAUGUGAGUUUUUCAAUGAGAGUAAGAGAGUUGUCUGUAAAACCGAGUGAGAGUUGCAACUCUUAUCAACUCUCAUCUAGGUAAGCUUGAUCGGGGCUUAAAUGUUUCGUACCUGAGCUCGCAACGUUUCAAACAAGCCUUUUAAGACUAGAACGAAAUUUCGGGCUGCCAGCAAGCUAUCUAAGACCGACACAAUUAAUUCCUGAAAAUGUCAGAUAUGUCGUUCUUCUACGCAUUUUAUACAGCACAUGUAACUGCAUACAGUCCUUUUUUUAAUUAUUAUUAUUAUUGAAACGUUUCACAAUAAGUAGCUGAAAGCUAAUUACAAUGCGAAUUAACAAUUGUAUACUAUUAGAAUACAAAAAGUUUAUGUUACAGGUAAAUUUACAAUACAACUAUAGCGAACUACUUUAUAUUUACAACAAUCAAAUGCAGUGGUAUACAUUAAUGUACAACUAAGAACUGUGCUCAUUAAAAGGGCAUAAUUUUCUAUGGCAAAAAUAGUUGGGCUACUUUUAAACCUUUCCGUCCUACAUUUAAAAUUAUAUAUCUUAUUAUCAUUUAACCUUGUUUCUCUUCCCCUUAUUCGGUUGACGGUAAAAGGUAACAGGUCAUGUAAUUUAUGUAUAGGAUAUAUCAUGUCUUAACCAGAUUUUGCGUAUAGUUUCUCUCCGAUUUUCUAAGGUUUUAAAACUACGCUGAGUAGACAAGCACGAUUAUAAUCUGUAGAUUUAUUGUUGAUGCACUUCGUAGCUAAAGUUUUUCUACAACUGACUGAGUUAUACAAAUAGUUACAUGUUACCUUUUGUGACUGUAAGUCUGGGAAACAGAUCUUACACAACCUCUACCUCUUAAUUGCCACCACUAACCCUAAACAUGAGUUUUAGUAUAUCUAAUAUUUGAGUCAUUUAAAAAGAAAUAUAAGAUGGCUUUAUUGGGAAAAUCUCACCUUUAUGGACGUUUUUGCCCUGAUAAAUUGCAAAUUAGUUUACAUUUGCUUUUUGCUGCUAAAAUUCAUCUAAUGACACCAUAUCCGGCAACUUCGACGGUGAAAAAAAUUAUCAAGAUGAAAUUUUUUACGGCAAACAUAUAUUACAUUUCUUCUCGGAAUGACCCAAAUGUUACACCCACCAAAAAUCGCAUUUGAGGUUAGACAUAAUUAAUGAACGAUCUCAGACGACAACCUUACUAAUGUUUACCAUGUAUACUAGGGAAACUGAGAGUAUGGCGUGUGGCCACAGGUGAACUGUUGCAUGUCAUUCCUGCACAUGAUGAUUUUAUCAGGGGUCUGUGUACUACUAAAGAUGGACUGUACAUUGCUACUGCAUCUGAUGACCACACUAUCAAGUUAUGGAAAGCUGAAACCUUAAAUAUUGAUGCUACUUUGAUUGGCCACACUCACGCAGUGAACAGUGUAGUGGCAGCAGGUAUGUAUGUAAUACAUGAGAAAAUAUUCAAGAUUUGGGGAAUCUUGCUCGAUGCAGUAAAAACCCGUAUAGAUGAAAAACCCUCACUUUUGUACCCUAACUGUGGUAGAAAGCAGGUUCUAAGUGCAGGUAAAUGCAAGUACACGCUUAAUUUAAUACUAGAUUGCAAAUUUAAUAACAUGAUUUGCUGUUUAUUACUCAACGAGGAUACAUUUUUCUCUAGUUCAGAGGCUUUUAAAUAGCAAUUAUCAGUAUAGUAAUACUGUCAACAGCUCACUAAUUAAGGAAGUGAAUAAUUUAAAAUAGUAAUCCAGGAAGAACUGUUUUUGACAAGAAAUGACAACCAGUUAAGAACUAACUCGGCCUGAUUUCUUGCUAAGUACUCAUUAUGAAGAACCACUUCAGGCUGACAUAAAAAUGUAGUGGUUCUUUUAUGCCAGUUUUUACAGAAAUCUCGAGCGAAUUUUCGAUUCCUGCCGGAUGUCCUAUAUUGUUUAGCCCGCGCGCAGGCCCACCGAGCAAAGAAUAGUGGGCCUGCAAGGAAAGCAGGGUAUUUUGUAUUUGUCGCGUUCGCACACGAACGAAGCAUUCUGAUUGGCUGUUUGCGGUUGGAUUCUAUAAUUAGAUCAGUGAUUCAUCACAAAGGCUCUCGAUAAGCUUUAAAUUGGAUCUGAUCACUUUUCGAUUAAAAAUGGAACAAGAACAGACUGUUUAUCGUUUACUUGAAGGAAGAGAUGUUUUUGCCGUUAUGCCAACGGUGAUUGGUUUUCGUGAAGUGUUGGAAUAGCAACAUUACCACUGGGGUAAACUAUAGUAACCUUUACUUGUGUUUUAUUAACUUCAAACAGAGUUGAUACGUUAUAUGUCCCUCAAGAAGAUUAUCUUUUGGUUGAUGUUGAUUGACUCUGUUCUUGCACUGAAGAAAACAGCGCUUGUCGCGGUGAAGCUUUAGAGGCAGUUGCAUGUAAGCCUAUAUUCGAAACACUUUGCGAUUUGCAGGGCUUAUAUGAGAGGGCGAAACAGAAGACGGUAAUUGCCGUUUGGAACGAUCUGGACUCUGAACGCUUUUUUCUUUUGUCGAGUUCUUUACCAAAUUAAAUAACUGAAAUCAAUUUCGUACUUUCCGCCCACAAGAAUUGCACACACGAUCUGAUAAGUGAGACAAUUUAUUUAUAACAAUGGCGACAGAAGCACACAUCAAGACCCCAAAAACUUGCAGCUUUAAACAUUAUCGUGUUAAAAUAAAGGUUAUCUAUCUAUCUAUUAAUGCUAAUGUGGUCGCACGACUUCCCUCACGAUUUGAAGUUUGAGACAGGGUUUCUGUUGAAAUUCGUCCUAAUUUGCCUGUUCCGAAUUUAGAUUGCAAAUUUGGCAAUUAUUUGAAGCUGACUGAUUUCCUUGCUUUUUACAUUGUUUCCAUUCUGAAUACGCAGAGAAAACCCCGCAAAUUUUAAUGUGAGUUUGUUUACUAUUUGGGUUGCUGUCAUUGGUUCUUUUUUGACAAUUGACGCGCGAAUGGGGCGUGUUAUGAAAAGGAGCGUUUUACAAAACACCGGGUCUUUCUUGCAGGCCCACUAUUCUUUCCUCGGUGGGCCUGCACGCGGGCUAUACAUUGUUUGAAUAUUUCGUAGCUGCUCCCAUUCGCGUCUAAAAUAUGCGUAUAAUUUUCGCUCAAAAAUUCCAUCAACAAAACCAUUCAAAAUGCAAUGUAUGUGUGUAUCUUAUACAUCUGGUAUGCCCAGUAUAUAUAGGCAUCGGUGAUGUUACAGGUGGUUGGUUACAGGAUAUCGGCUGGGUGCCAGAUGUUCUUCCAUGCUCGCAGGGGGAAAAUGAGGGAUACACGAGGAUGGAAGUUGGGCCGGGGGCAAGCGGGAAGAAACUCUGGAUUUGCUGUUUUGAUUGUCACAUGUCAAUCAAACGUUAGCCAAUAGGGCAAGUACUUAUUUCUAACUGAUGAUUUUAGGCGUGUGAAAUCGAACAUUUGAGAAAUGGAAAUUGCGACAGAAUGUGUUAAUUUCACAACAAAAAUUUAAAAUUAGCAUGAGUCUUACAGUAAAAUAACCCGAAUAGUAUUAUAUGGGCACAUGGUGUCUGGCUGUACACCUGUUGAAAGCGUUACAAAAAAAGUUGGAGACGAUAAAUAUUGUCGAGUUUGUGAUAAAUUAAUCGUUAUUCACAGUGGGUAUUUUAAUAUAUUCAGUAAAAGAAUUUCAAAUAGUAAAAUGCGUUUUUGGUAGAUUGAACUUUGAAGCAUCUCUCGUUCAUUAUAAUAGUCUCCGGUUUGGCAAAAACAAAUGAAUAUUUGCCGUCUAAGACUCCCUUCUUGUCUUGACAUGUUUGAUUACCAGACAGACACGCACACGAAAUUCCUCUCUUAUUCAGUUCGUUCUUGUUAGAUUCUAUUAGUGCGACGAGGGCAUAUGACUAAGACUAUACCAUCCUCCGGGAAACUAUUGUUCCCGAUUGUAUAGAACUCUCGACACAACGACGGAAGUAGCUGGAAGAUAAGCGAUUUACCAAAGCCCGUUGGCAAUGUAGCAAACACAUCACGGCAAUAAAUCAACUGAAAAGGGCAUUUUGAUGUUUAUUGAGUUUUGUAAUACCAGUAAAAAAUUUCAAAACCGAAUUAACCGCGUUGUUGAAAUCCUCUCGCAAAGCUAAAGCAUAUUUACGCCAGACUAUGUUAAAUAUAAUCAACAACAGCAAUGUUUGUGUACGCCUGUACUGACUCUGAACGAUAUUAUCAUAAAGGACAUACGGUUCAAACAACUAAUGAAAGUCAUUGUUUUAACAAGUGCAUGUUGUUAAUCAAUUAACGCCCAGCUUGCAUUGUCGUGUAUCCCUCAUUAUCCCCCUUCGAGCGUGGAAGAACCUCUCGCACCCACUUCAAGAAAAAAAUAGAUGCUAGCAAGGGGACUAUUAUAUGAAAUUACAAAAUGAUAGUUCAUUGUUCGUCGGGUUCGAUUUUCUUGAAACUAAAUGAAGUGUUUUCAUGUUUUUAAAACAAAACGUAUUUAGUUGUCGAUGAACUGUAAAUCGCCAAAAUAAUCGUUGAAAACCGUGGUUUCAAAAGCGUUGCCUUAUGGCUCAAGCAAUGUCGAAAAAUAUUUAAAAGUAAUUGUGAGCAGUAAGUAUUAAAAAGAGUACUGAACUCCAUUUGUAUUAUAAAACAGUUGAAAUAUUUUCAGAAUAUAGCUAUUGAAUUUGAGUCUGACUUCAUCUUUUAUGUUUUGUUUUGGCUUGCACAACAACGUUUAAAAUUUAUUUUUGACGUCCAUCGCGACCUAGCAUCCAUAGUAGGCAGACGUGUUUUAUUUAGCUACGUAAAUAUGACACUGAAUCAGAAUGAUGCUUUAUCUAAGCCAGUUUUGUUUGUCACGAGCAAAGGAACAUUCAGGUGGCUUGAUCAUUUUGAAGAACUUGAAACGUUUUGCUAUGAACCUCUAAAUGUUGAGUCAAAAUGGCUGUCGCCCGGAGGCGGUUGCAAAUCAUUUGAAGACAACGACAUUAUUAUCAGAUGGUACUCAUCAAACAACUCGCUAAUAGUUAAAGGAUCGAACAAACUUAAAUUGAUCGCUAAACCACUGCAUUUACAAGAUGACGAUUUUAGCUCAGCCUCAAGUCAAAGAAAUGUAUCAACAGUGAUUUCAGGAAGACGGCUGACAUGGGAGUCGUAGGGAGUGCUUCCUCAUGUUACCAAAGUCGUGGAGAAAUUUCAGCUUAUUCUACACAGGCAGGAUCUAAAUAUCAGAAGCGCUGAACAUACUUUUACGGGAAAGAGAUCCACGGUGACCGGUUUAGCGAGUGCAACGCAAGACUGGUUUGGAACCUAGCAGUCAUUGUUACGGUGUCCAUAUUCUAUUCCUGGAUUUUCGUAAGCCAUUUGACCUUGUCGAACACUGUUUGAGAAGUCGACUGACAUGGGAGUCGUAGGGAGUUCUGAAAGAUCGACCCAGAGUCUUCUCUCAGGUCAAACUCCCAGGUGUGCUGUCUAUGCCUAGUCAAGCGAUCGUGGGUGUCCUCAUGGCGGAGUCAUUUCGCCAACACUCUAUUAUGGUUAAUGAUAUAUUGAAGAUUGCACCCCAUUCGACCUGGCCGUUACCCCUUGCAAAUAUGCCGAUGAUUGCACCCAAUACGAACUGGUGGCGAUCAACUCUACCAGCCAUAUGCAAGAGGUUAUGAACAACCUGGAGACGUGGACCACAAGUGUCAAGAUGAAGUUAAACGCAAGUAAAACUAGAGAUAUGUGGAUCAGUUUCAGGAAAUCUUGUCCGAGCCCUGAACCUAUCAAAGCAAAUGGAACUGAACUUGUUGACAGGGUGGGUUAGGCACAUAGGUCAGGAGGCAGAUCAUUAAUGAGGUAUGGACUAAUACCGGCUGCUUAAAUCGCCAUUUGUAAGCUCACAGUCUACCUCGGUCUGCUCUAAUGUAACCAGUCACUGAAAAAUCCUGAUAAGGGAGUGAGCUGAGUAAUAUAUGUAUGUAACUUGAGCGGGUAUAUAGAAGUAUGUAAAUUGUGUGGGGACACGUGCAGAAUGACUUAAUUUAAUUUAAUUUAAUUUAAUUUAAUAACUUUGCCGUUACAUAAAUUACAAAUUCUGGCAGGGUUCCCACAACAGCAUAACGCCAAUUACUGCGACCCAAUAAUAAUAUCUAACAAACAAUGACAAAUUAACAGUUAGACAACUAAACAAGUAUGCAUGCAAACCAACAAACUUACGUUCUAUAACGCACUACAAAAAAUUAAUGUAUUAAUAACAGCAAGACGCUGGAUAUGCAAGACUACGCACAGAGUUGCAUUUAAGACAUAGUUUUAAGUGUUCGAGGAUUAUCAGGGUCAUAAUUGAGCUCUAAUGACUGAUAAUAGUAUUUUAAUAAAAUUCUUUUGAAAAUGAUAAGGCUGUCCAUGUCGAAAUGAAGUUUAUCAACAAGUCCGUUCCAUAGACGACAAGCUCUUACAAAGAAUGAUUGUUGGUAGGUAGUGGUUUUGCUUUUGCGUAUAACAUAUUUCACGGUGUUGUUGGAUGAUGAUCAUGUCGUUCUGUGUGUUACACGGGUGACGAGAAGAGCAGACGUUUCUACGAGGCCAUAGGUGACGUUUCUACGAGGCCAUGGGUGAUGUUUCUACGAGGCCAUGGGUGAUUUUAAAGACGAGGGUCAAGUCUAGAUAUUCGUGCCAGUAUGAUACAGGAAGAAGAAGAAGGGAAACUAAUCUUGUCCUAUAGUCCACGUCUGUCGAAAAUGGCAAAUUUAAAAUGAAUUUUGUUGCGCGUCUCUGAGUUCUUUCCAACAUGUUGAUGAGAUCGAUCGCCUGUUUUGCCCAAAUCUGUGAUCCAUAGCCGAAAUGAGAGCGAACCAGUGCAAGAUACAGUGAUCGUCUUGGUAUUAUAUCUGUCACAAACAUAGUGUUUCUUCUGAUGUAGCCCAGUAGUUUACCUGCUUUCGACACUUGUUGGCGUACUUGCACUUUCCACGUGAGGUUUGACGAUACGCAAAGUCCAAGAUCCCUUUCGGUGUCCGUCGUAUCCAGUUGCUGCUCGUUCAACAUGUAAGUUGACGUGAUCGGUGUAAUCUUCCUUGUUAUUUGCUGCUGUUUACACUUCGAUUCAUUGAACGUCAAACCCGAUAUUGAUGGCCAGUGUUCUAAGUGUCUGAGAUCGUUUUGGAGUAACACCGCAUCGCUUUGACAUUUGAUCGCCGAGAAUAGCUUCGUAUCAUCAGCAAACAUUGCUACUUUGCUGGUUGUUACUGAAUCGGGAAGGUCGUUGACAUAUAAUAAAAACAGAACUGGUCCAAGAAUGGAACCUUGCGGCACACCUGAUGAUAUAGGAAGUGUGUUCGAUGUAGCACCACGUACUGUGACGCGCUGACCACGACCGGUUAAAUACGAAGAGAACCAUUUCAGCAAGCUACCUCUACAGCCGAAAUUCCUCAAUUUGUUAAUUAGUUUUCUGUGAUUGAUCCGAUCAAAAGCUUUAGACAUAUCGAGAUACUUAAAAUGGAACACUCACGUUUACGACAUUUUGAGCAUGGCUGGACGGAUGUAUUACCUCCGAGAAUGCAGGAGGGCAAAACUACCCACGGAAGUUCGUUUAUAAACUUAUCGUACCAAUAUUCGACCUCUAAUAGAGUACGUUUCCCCUACAUUCGGGGAGGUUUGUCUGCCUAUCUUUCUACAGAACUGCAGAGAGUGCAGAACAGGUGUCUAAACAUAAUAGGUCUGCCUAGAAGCACUCUUCCUUCACCAUUGAAACAUAGGAAUGCUCUCACCAUUAGGGAAUAUAAGAACAUCAUUAAAUCAAACAUUCAUCCUUGCAAGCGCUUAGAAGCACCUACAAUGCACAAACACAAUUUAACCAGAUACGAGUCCUUCUAUCGCGCACUAUAAAUCGGUACCAGUCUUCGUUUAUAGCCAGAGGGGCCAGACAUUAUAAUAAGCUGGUGAAUUAGUUGUUAUAUACGGAUUACUUUUUGUACAUUUUUAUCAUACAAUUAGCACAAUUCUUAGUCUUUUGAACUUUGCUGUUUUGUAACCAUUUUAGCUUUUUUAAAAGUUGUAAUACUGCUGUAAUUCUCUUGCCAAGAGUAGUAAUUAAAGUCUGUUAUUAUGAUACCGAAGGUCGAGCUAGCCUGUGUUCCAGUCCACUACAACGGAGUAGUGGACUGGAACACAGGCUAGCUCGACCUUCGGUAGCAUAAUACCGGUGUAGUCAACACACAACACAACGGUGUAGUGGGCUGGAACACAGGCUAAGGUCGAGCCCAAUAUUGAAGUCCAGACUUAAUAUUUUGCCAUAUUGGGUGACGAUGAAUUCAAUGUUUUAUUAUAUGGAACAAAAAAUGGUUUUUGUAAGCGAUAAUAUAAUACAGCCAAAAUAAUACACAUGGGCGGAGAAUUCGGUUAAAUAACUAAACAAAAGAUUUAGUAACCUCUGGCCGGUUGUAUAAAACUCUUAACUACUUUUUAACCACUAUUUUGUAUUUAAAUAGUAGUAGACUUUAAAAUACGCGAUUUUCAUGGGCUAACUUUCGCACUAACUGUAGUUAACUUUAACUCUUUCUCGACAGGUCCCUAUUGAAUAAAUCACUCAUGAUUUACUCAUUUUUGCGGUUCAUAUCUUCAGUUCGGUAAAUGCUACGUGGACCAAAAUACCACCAUUCGAUUCAGUGUAACGAUAGCUACUCAUUCCUAUCGAUAGAUUUAGUGAAUGGCAACAUUAUAGCAAUUUAUGAGCUUUGAAAGUCAAACGAGCUCGUAUAUGAUCAAAUUACGCAAUAUUACUGACAAAUUAUAAACAUAAACAUACCUUUCGCCGAAUAUAACUUCGUCCCAUUGAGACGUAUGCUCAUUCUGAUCUUCUUGAUGAAUUAAGAGCGAGUCUCUACAAAAAUCAAACAUACCGCGGCAAGGCUCAAAAUUUUAAAUUCGCUCUACUUUUGAAUUUAAGUUAACUAUGACAAAGUAUGAAACGUCAUAUGGUUAGUUUUUAAAAAUACUCUUUUGUUUAUGAAAAAAAGGCAAAAAAAUAUUUCAGGUGUGAGGACCGAUUUUCGCAAUCGAAAAAUGACCGAAAUUGCGUAUGUUUACUUAAUCCUGGUAUCCAAACCCUAAAUCCAAAUAGCCUUAUUAUACUUUCUGCUAAAGAUACAUCACUCCCGCGUUUAUUAAAAUUGGUUUUAUGAUAAUUGAACAACUGAACACAUUUGUGCACAAUAAAGAGCGACGGGUACUGAUCUUUAUUGUUUGUCAUUGCGUGUAAAAAGUGACAGAUUUCUCCAUUUGCCAUCCUUUCAAAUCUUAUGAGAUUUUGCACAAGCACUAUUGGAAAACUGCUCUUUUCAGAAAUGUAUAAUUUAUUUUGGGCAAAUAAAUUCACGCGCUACGAGAAAGAGUUAACUUUGGUCAUUAAAUAUGCAAAAAUCACUGUUUGGCAAUUGACCAUUUGCGUAAUAGACUAAAUUUUGAUCUCAACAAGUCUAGACAAAAAUUUCAUCACAGCUUGAAAGAGCAUCACAAAAUUAGUAAUCAAAUGACAGCCUCAAAGUGUAUCGGGCUGUCAAUUUCCCGUUUGUAAUCUAAAAUGACUGAAAAUUGCAAACUUUGCAGGGCUAUAUUAUCCGCAUUUUACAACAUUUUGCAACGAAAUUUUGGAAUAUUACUAAUUUUGUGAUGCUCUUUCAAGCUGUGAUGAAAUUUUUGUUUAGAUCAAAAUUUAGUCUAUUACGCGAAUGGUCCGAUUGCAUGACUAAAAACCCUUUGAAAUAAACUCGCUUAAAACAUCAUUGUUCUUCGCCUUUAGUUUAGAGAAUUUGAAGAAAACAUAAAUAUACAUACCGGCCUUGAAUGAAAAAAUUUUCUUUGAGCUGUUCCACUUUUGGAGUUUAUACCAGGAGUUUAAUAUUGUCGACCGUUCGGUUGUUUACAUCUCCGCCUUAUACAUCGACUCAAAGUUCUUGGAAUCCAAUCUAUCAGAAAUCAGCUAACAAUUCACACAACUUCCAUUCGUGUUCAAGUAAUGCCACUGCGAUGUAUUACUGUAAUGUUGUCAUUUCUUUUUUAAUAUUUUUUCUCUAUUAAGUGGAUUAUUGCGAAUUGAGGUUUUUUUUAUUGCUGUAAUUUACUUUGGAUUUACAAUUAUUAAUAUUCUUAAAAACAAACAGUCAAAAUUAAUGGUAUUUUUUCUCUAUUAAGUGGAUUAUUGCGAAUUGAGGGUUUUUUUAUUGCUGUAAUUUACUUUUAUUUACAAUUAUUAAUAUUCUUAAAAACAAACAGUCAAAGUUAAUAUUUCAGAAAUUCUAUUUUAUUUUUAUACUGACAUAUUGAAAAAGCUAAAUGUUUACAUUAUAGGUGGCGGGCUUCCUGUCGAUUUGGCGGAAGUAAUGCCACUGCGAUGUAUUACUGUAAUGUUGUCAUUUCUUUUUUAAUAUUUUUUCUCUAUUAAGUGGAUUAUUGCGAAUUGAGGGUUUUUUUAUUGCUGUAAUUUACUUUUAUUUACAAUUAUUAAUAUUCUUAAAAACAAACAGUCAAAGUUAAUAUUACAGAAAUUCUAUUUUAUUUUUAUACUGACAUAUUGAAAAAGCUAUUUGUCACCAAAUGUUUUCAUUAUAGGUGGCGGGCUUCCUGUCGAUUUGGCGAAAGUAAUGCCACUGUGAGGCAUUACUUGUAUUUUUAAUAUUGUUUUUAUGUGGAUUAUUGUCGAAAAAAUGCGAUCCGCACGCCGCUUAUGCUAUUGUUAUCAUGAUUAAUUAAUAUCCGUCACGAGCACCCCAUAACAAUUAAACUUCCUUGAAAAGUCAGCAUAUUGGUAUUUGAACUGACAACUGAUCAGAGUGGUUUCGAAGGAAAUGGUACUCUCUAGACGCUACUAUUUUGGUCCAAUAGUAGGCACGGAUUGGCACAGAUUAUUCAUUUGAUCGCAGAGAUAUCAAUACUGCAGUAGCAUUGCUUCCGCCAAAUCGACAGGAAGCCCGCAUCAUCUAAUUAUAAAUGUAAAUACUUUUUUCGAUAUCUCAGUACAGUAUAUGAAUAAAAUAUAAUGUCUGCAAUAUUAAACUUGACUCUUUCUGCAUGGCUUAUUUUUUUUUAUUGGCUUAGCUAUAACAAUUGUAAAUGGAAUACGAAUGGAAUACGAAGUUGACUGUGUAAAUUGUUAGCUGAUUUCUGUUAGCUGGACUCCUUGAACUUUGAGUUUAAUAUGUAGUUAAGUUAGGGAUUAAACUCCAAAAGUGGAACAGCUCAAAGGAACUUUUUGCAUUCAAGGUAUGUAUAUUUAUGUUUUCUUGAAAUUCUCUAAACUAAAGGUGAAGAACAAUGAUGUUUUAAGUGAGUUUAUUGCAAGGGGUUUUUAGUCACGCAAUCGCCAAACAGUGAUUUUGCAUAUUUAAUGAACCAAAGUUAACGUUAUCUUUCUCAAAACGUGUGAAUUUAUUUGCCCAAAAUAAAUAAUACAUUUCUGAAAAGGGCAGUUUCCCAAUAGUGCUUGUGCAAAAUCCCAUAAGAUUUGAAAGGAUGGCAAAUGGAGAAAUCUGUCACUUUACAUGCAAUGACAAACAUUAAAAAUCAGUACCCGUCGCUCUUUAUUGUGCACAAAUGUGUUCAGUUGUUCAAUUAUCAUAAAAACACUAUUAAUAAACGAGGGAGAGAUGUAGCUUUAACAGAAAGUAUAAUAAGGCUAUUUGGACUUAGGGUUUGGAUACCAGGAUUAAGUAAACAUACGCAAUUUCGGCCAUUUUUCAAUUGCGAAAAUCGGUCCUCACAGCUGAAACAUUUUUUUGCCUUUUUUCAUAAACAAAAGAGUAUUUUUAAAAACUAACCACAUAACGUUUCUCACUUCACCAUAGUCAACUUAUAUUCAAAAGUAGAACGAAUUUAAAAUUUUGAGCCUUGCCACAUAUUUCUCAUUUUGUUUGAUUUUUGUAGACAGUCGCUCUUAAGAAGUUAAAAAUAACACGUAUAGUGUUAUUUUCAAGCUUCUAUCUUUAAAGUUCAACAUUUAGUGCCGAAUUUUGUAUUUCUGCUCCGAAUAUGCGUUAAUCCCAACCGGAAAUACGACGAAAAACCGUCAAAACAAUGCUACGCUUGUAUCGCGUAACUCUGGAAAUGCCAGAAAUGGAUUCUACAGGCCAAAGUGCACCCAUACGCGUGAGUUUUACGUCAUCCCGGCUAAAGGGAGCUCCUUAUUGGCCAAGUAUUACGUAAUACACGCGCGUGCUAGUAAAACCCGAUACUUUAAAAAUUCAAAAUAAAUAUUUCUAGUCGGCGUAUACAUACGAAACUUUCUACACGAAAGCGCUUGAAUACAUAGAGUAUUUUACACUUAUAUCCUUUCAGGAAAUGACACCAAAGUUUAGAAUAUAUUCAACUUUUUCUCAUUUUCUCGUUUGAAUGUUUGGCGAAGCGGUGAGUAUAAAAUAUAUGAUUGUUUCGGUUUGUGUAAUGUUUUGACGGCCCUUGACCCCCCCCCCCCUUUCGAAAGGUUAUAUUGUGAGGAUUUCAAUGGUGGGAUUUAUUUAAAAGGGGGGUAAAUACUUGUCGAGAUGUUUAUAUUAGAAAAAUUGAAUCGAAAUUUAAUACGAAACAGGUUGUCGAGAAAGAGUUUUAACUACUUUUUUAUACAACUGACCUCUAUAGGGUUUUCAAAAACAAUUCUAAAUUAAAAAAACUCAAUUCCAUGUAGUAAGUAUGUUGAGUCUAGUAGUUUUUUCUACCCAGUAUGACUACAUUCCAUGUAGUAACUGGGUAGAAAAACUGUGUCUAAAUAAUGUUCCAAAUCCUUUUCAUUACAUUGCAAUAUCGUUUGUUUUGUGUUUGAAAUUGACAAAACAUCUGGAAAGGUUUGUUCAACCUGGGAAAAAACGGUAAGCUACUGAUCAACAUAUAUGCUCCUGUCCUACAACGUAAAAUGUCGGACAGACACGUGACCUUAUUGAAGACUCGUGAUUGGUCAAUUCAUGUGAGCAUUUAAUAACAGCUCAUUUAGUCUUAUAGAGUGAGUAGCGAAAGUAAGAUGGAUUUUCGAUUGGAGAAUACAUAAACGUAUCAGACGAACUUUCUUUCAUCUGUCUGUAAUUAAAAUCUGACCAUUCUCUUUUUUAAUUUAGGAAAUGACAAUCCAAUGCUUGUGUCUGCUUCAAACGAUGGAACUUUAAAGAUUUGGGAUGUAAAAAAGCAUCAAGAAAUUCGUACCCUCAGUAGUCAUAAGGGCGGUGUUACUUGUGUUGCUGUGAGCCCAGAUACGAGGCAUAUUAUCUCCGGGGGCGAUCGCAACGAUAUGAUUGUAAAAUUGUGGUGUUUCCGCACUGGGGAAUUACUUUCCUGCUUUGAAGGUCACACCAGUGAUAUCUGGUGAGUUCAUAGACCUUGGCAUCUCUGUGACAGCGGUACCAUUUUCCCAAUAGGGACCUUUAGCAUGUAGGACGGCAACGCGACGAGACAAAAUCCUUCGAAUAAAUAACUUUAAGGAAAACUUGUCGUGUAUCAUUCGUUGUACGAAUUUAAUACAGUUUUAGGAGGUUAAGAAGGAGGUUGAUAUUUGAGAAGACUUCUAUUAAGCCAGUUUGCCGAGUACCACUUCUCGCGCGUUCUAUACAAGACGUAAAAAUCAUUAGUUUGCUAUUGUGAACAGAGCGAAGACGACGUGUAAAACUCCCAAGGGGCUUUUAAUUAUUCUUUUAAUAUCCCUAUCUUGAAUUUCAUUGUAUCAAUACCCGUCGCCGUCAUUCUAGCUAAAGGUCCCUAAUAUGCAUUUGUCAGAUUAUAAUUUCACCUCAGUGGGUGCUUCCAGUUUUACUCUAGAUCUACCUGGGUACUCUGGCUGGUUUCUUCCACGAGUAACAAUAAAGACCAACACAAUUUGGUUUCCCUCUGCAGUACAACUGGGCGUAUUGGCGAUUGACUUUUACUAGAUCUCUAGGGAGAAGAGUUUAAAAGUGAAAAAAAUAUCCAGUCUAAAUGAAGUGACUUUAGUUGAGGUUUUCAUCUGUAGUAACAGUUGAUUAAUACAAAAUUACCCUUAAUCGACCUCUGCCAGGGCAGUUUAGAACGGAUGGACCUAUCUUGUAUAAAUAAAGUUAGUUUUUAGUUAAGUUCGUUCAGUAGAAACACUAUAGGCUAACAAGGAUGAUGCUCUUGGCACCUCUGGAGAGAAAAGUCGACAAUCAGCUUCUUGCAUUUCAGCUGUGUGUCAAUAACUUCUGAUGGGUCCAAGGCGUUAUCCUGUUCUCGUGAUGCGAGUUUCAGAGUUUGGGAUUUGGACAUUAGUGCACACUUGAGACAAGACAUGUCACGUGGCCAUUCAGACAGGGUCACUGACAUUGCAGUGACACGUGAUGGCUUGAGAUGUGUUUCCACUUCCGCAGACAGUUCUUUCAGAAUUUGGAAAUGUGACACAGCAGAGUCAAAGGAAUGUUUUACUUUCAGAGGUAUAGUCAGAAUUGUCUGUUUGAGCCAGUGUUCUUUUUUAAUCGUGACGAAAUUUUACGUAUUCAUUUUAAGCCGGUUACAAACAAGCUCGUUUUCUAUGAUAAGUUUUCAAAUGACAAGCUUUAUUUGCCCGCCUGUAAAGGCAACUUUGCAAAGUUUUUUUUUUUUUUUAUGACAAGUACAGAUGUAAAUUGUCUUAUAAAAACUUGGCAAUGUUUAAAUUUUGCUCGUCCAUGGGUUAACAAAAGAAAAUUUGACAAAGUAAUUUGAGCACUUCCAUGCAGUGACCCGAUAAUAAUACGGUUGAAAGGUUUUUGUAGAUGCUCAAAAUUUCCAUCCAACAAAAACCCUUCUCAAUCGUUAGUUCUAUCGAGCGAGAUGCCCAAAAUAACGAUACUGAUAUAUUUUUGUAUUAGGUAUGUCGUAA